ACGGAAACUGAAAUUCACAAGAGAAGAAAAAUGGAGGUUAAGCAGGCAACAAUUGAGAUCAAGGGUCUAAAAUUCACGUACCCGGGAAUCGACGGUCAUCCACCGCCGGGAUCAAAGCCGUUGAUUGAUGAAUUCAAUCUGACAUUGAAAUCCGGUGAGAGAUGCCUUCUUGUUGGAUCCAAUGGCGCCGGAAAAACGACGAUAUUGAAGAUAUUGGGAGGGAAACAUAUGGUGGAUGCUGAGAUGGUUCGGGUUUUAGGGAGGUCGGCUUUUCAUGAUACCGGUUUGACUUGUUCUGGUGAUCUUUGUUAUCUUGGUGGAGAGUGGAGACGGGAAGUUGCUUUUGCUGGGUUUGAGGUUCCCAUACAAAUGGAUGUUUCUGCACAAAAAAUGAUAUUUGGCGUAGCUGGAAUUGAUCCUCAAAGAAGAGAUGAAUUAAUCAAGGUGUUAGAUAUUGAUCUGUCAUGGAGGUUGCACAAGGUUUCUGAUGGUCAGAGAAGAAGAGUACAAAUUUGCAUGGGUCUGCUGAAGCCAUUUAAGGUGCUUUUGCUUGAUGAGAUAACAGUUGAUCUUGAUGUGCUAGCGAGGGCUGACCUUCUCAAGUUCCUUAGGAAAGAAUGUGAAGAAAAGGGUGCAACGAUCAUUUACGCAACACAUAUAUUUGAUGGUUUAGAGGAGUGGCCAACACAUAUUGUUUACGUGGCUCAUGGAAAGUUGCAAUUCGCAAUGCCAAUGGAAAAAGUGAAGGAGAUUAGUAAUUUGUCACUUAUGAGAACAGUAGAGAGCUGGCUGAGGAAAGAAAGAGAUGAAGAGAAGAAGAGAAGGAAAGCAAGAAAGGCGAGUGGUCUUCCAGAAUUCGAGAAACAGAUGGAUGGAAGUCGAGUGACUGGCGAUCCAGCUGGUGUCGCUGUUCGGGUGAUGAACAAUGGCUGGGCUGCUGGAAGACUUCAUUCUACCAUUGCGGGUGAAGAGAAUUUUGUCCUGAGCUCAAAUAGAGUUCUGAGGUAAUUCUGAUACAGAACAGAUACAAUAGCUUGAGUCUUAUUUAAUUUACUAAAACUUCAUAGGCAAUGGAUCUGUGAUUUAUUCUGUUGUACCCCCAUAAUUGAGCAUAAAGAUCAAUAAAUUCCUACAUAUUAUCUCUUAUGUCUGUCCAUAAGUUUGGACCUCUGUUGCAUUAGAAAGGGUUAAAUAAAUGUAAAUAAAAUUGCAAACUAUAGGUAUUUUGUAAUUUUUGCAAUUCAGAAUAUGAUUACAGAUUGAAAAUCUGAUUAAUUAGUGUUAAUGUGGAUGUUGGAAUUAA